AUGAUACCUACCGGUUGUGUACAUAUUGAUUUACCCAAUAUAAAACGUAUUGAUGGAAACUUAGAAAUUGAUUAUGGCGAAGCAACAGCAGGUUUUGACGCACACUGU